AUGGACGUCAUCUGGAGUCGUCAUUACGGUUUAGUCGAAAAGUUAUCGCUAUUCACCGGUAUGUGGCCGUACCUGAAGCCGAGAACGAGAUAUCUUCGUAUCGGUCUGAUGUCGAUAACCGCAGUAGCCAUAUUCGUUCCGCAGAUCGCGUACCAAAUUAGGUGCGAAAGAGAUAUACAAUGUAUCCUCACGUGCGUGCCAACCUUUUUGUUCACGAUCGUAAACAUCGUGUCGUUGUACACAUUCUCGAUAAAUAGUUCUAAGAUUAAACGUCUUAUCGAACGCUUGUUCGUCGACUGGGAAGAAUUGGAAACACCCGAGGAGAUCGAAAUAUUCAAGUCGCAUGCUUUGUUUUGUAAACGUUUCUUUGCGAUUUAUUCAGCGUAUUGCUUCUUAGGGGUGUAUGGGUUUACGUCGGCAAGCCUUGUGUCACCUAUACUCGAUGUUCUAAUGCCGCUCAACGAAUCUCGCCCUGUGUUACUACCAAUACCUGCAUACUAUUUUGUGGACACUAGACAAUAUUUGAUUUAUAUUUACGGAUAUGCUAUUGUCUCUUGCGGAAUAUUUAUGACCGCUAUAGUCGCACACGACUGCAUAUUCGUUACCUAUAUCGAACACGUUUGCUGCAUGUUCACUAUACUCGGAUCUCGCUUCGAAUGUUUAUUUACCAUUCACAAUAACGCUGAGAAAAAUACUAAAUCUGAUUCAGACGAGACCUACUGUAAAAGAAUCGCAUAUCUCGUGCACAUGCAUCGACAGAUAUUAGAGUUCGUGAAACUUGUCGAAAAAAUCUUUACCAUACCUUUUGCUCUGCAAUUAUUGAUACUUAUUACACAGCAAGAAGCCGGUGGUUUAGAAAUGUCCAGGUACAUAUUCUACGUGAUGGGUCAGCUAUUCCAUUUGUUUUGUCUUAGUUUUGAGGGACAAAAGCUGAUAAACCACAGUCUCGAGAUAUGUGACAAGAUAUACGAUAGUUCUUGGUACGAAGCAUCCAUUAAAUCACAGAAGCUGCUUAUUCUGACGAUGUUACGGAGUUUUCGACCGACUUUUUUGAGCGCCGGCGAAAUUUACGUUUUUUCGUUGGAGAGCUUCACUACGGUAAAGAAAAAAGUGAACUGCUACAGAUUAGGGAUGG